AUGCGACAAGAAGAUAUAUCUGCCACUCGAUAUCGGAAUUCUUUAACAACUGUAUUUUCGAUUGUGGAAAAUCUCAUGGAUGGUUUUGGUAAACGUACAGUUAGUUAUGGUCGAAUUCUUGCUCCAUUUAAAUUAGAUGAUAAUCAUCAAUUAUGGAUUGAAGAUUCUGAAAAAAAUUUGACUAUUGAAAAUCAAUCUACACGGUUGGAAAAAAUAUUAUUCCAGGGGGGUAACGCUAUAAUUUCAAAUAGGUGAUAUGAUGAAUUUUAUACCAAAUGAAAGCCCGUGAAAAAUGGGAUUUAUUGAUGCUAAAUAGUA